AUGUCCUACCAAGCGCUCAGCUGCCUGACUGAAAAGGGGGACAGCCCUGGGGAAACCACAGGGAAUGGACCCCCCAGUCUGGCUCACCCCAACUUGGACACAUUCACUCCAGAGGAGCUGCUGCAGCAGAUGAAAGAGCUCCUGGUUGAGAACCACCAGCUGAAAGAAGCCAUGAAGCUAAAUAAUCAAGCUAUGAAAGGGCGAUUUGAGGAGCUGUCAGCCUGGACAGAGAAACAGAAGGAAGAACGCCAGUUUUUCGAGAUCCAGAGCAAAGAAGCCAAAGAGCACUUGAUGGCCUUGAGUCGUGAAAAUGAAAAAUUGAAGGAAAAGCUUGAAAAACUACAAGGGGAAUCACAAAAAGUAUUAGAGGACCCCACCAGUGACACCCAGUUUCCCAGGGUGGAAGCGGAGCAGGCGGUAAAGCAGCUGAAAGCACAGGUGGCACGGCUCCAGGACGAAAAGGCAGACCUGCUGGGCAUUGUCUCCGAGCUGCAGCUCAAGCUCAACUCCAGUGGCUCCUCCGAAGACUCCUUUGUAGAGAUUAGGAUGGCUGAAGGAGAAGCUGAAGGGGCAAUAAAAGAAAUCAAGAACAGUUGUCCUAGGCUCCCAACAGCGGACUCCACUGACAUGACCAAAUCUGCAGAAGACACCAAAAAGUAUUUGGAAUUUGAACUGGAACUGACUGUGAGCCAGCUCCUGCUUUGCCUGAGGGAAGAAAACCAGAAGGUGGAGAGACUUGAAAUUGCACUCAAAGAAGCCAAAGAAAGAAUUUCAGAGUUUGAAAAGAAAGCACAUGAUCGCGCCGAGACUGAGACCCAGACAGAGAAGAACACAGAAAAAGAGAAUGAAGAGGAGAAAGACACAGAGACUAUUGGAAGUGAGGUGGAAACACUGAACCUUCAGGUGACGUCCCUGUUUAAGGAGCUUCAAGAGGCUCACACAAAACUCAGUGAAGCUGAGCUAAUGAAGAAGAGACUUCAAGAAAAGUGCCAGGCCCUUGAAAGGAAAAAUUCUGCAACUCCAUCAGAGUUGAGUGAAAAGCAAGAGCUGGUUUAUAAUAAUAAGAAAUUAGAACUCCAAGUGGAAAGCAUGUGGUCAGAAAUCAAAAUGGAGCAAGCUAAAGUGGAAGAAGAAAAGUCCAAAUUAGCCAUUCUGCAGUCAACACACAACAAGCUUCUUCAAGAACAUAAUAAUACAUUGAAGAAAGUUGAGGAACUAACAAGGAAAGAGUCAGAAAAGGUAGAUACAGCAGUGCUCUGGGAGCUAAAUGAGAAGCUGGAGCUAGCGGAGCAGGCACUGGCCUCCAAGCAGCUUCAGAUGGAUGCGAUGAAGCAGACCAUUGCCCGGCAGGAGGAGGAGCUGGACACCAUGGCCGUCCUCAGGGCUCAGAUGGAGAUUUACUGUUCUGAUUUUCAUGCUGAAAGAGCAGCAAAAGAGAAGAUUCACGAAGAGAAGGAGCACCUGGCAUUGCAGCUGGCGGUUUUGCUAAAAGAGAACAACGCUUUUGAAGAUGAAGACAGCAGGCAGUCCUUGAUGGAAAUGCAGAGCCGGCAUGGGGCGAGAACCAGUGACCUGGACCAGCAGGCCUACCUCGUUCAAAGAGGAACUGACCACAGGAACUGGCAGGAACAGCAACCCCAGAGUAUUCCGAUCCAUGCUUGCCCCAAGUGUGGGGAGGUCCUGCCUGACAUAGACACCUUACAAAUCCAUGUCAUGGACUGCAUCAUAUAACUGUCGGCGUGUCAUCUCCCCAAACUCUUGGUCCACCUCCUAUACUGAGAAAACCUGGCACAAGAAUAUAAGCUGAAGCCUAUGUACUCCAUCUGUGCAGUGUUGAAGUUUACAGUUUCGUCUCUUGGGGUUUCACACAAACAUCAGCAUGAGAAAGGGGACCCAGCCUUGCUUCUCUUUCUAUCAGAGCUCAGUUCUGGGCUGCAUUUGGUGGUUUCUCUCCUCUAAGUGUCUAUCAACUGUGGAGACACCCAAACUUGCUAUUGAGGCUCCCUUCACCCCCACCCACCUACCACCAAGUAGCUGACCCUUCAUCACUCUUUAGAUAAAGGGAUCACUCCAUAGAAGGACCAGAGGAAGAGGCCUGCACAGACCCAUGAAGUAGGCUUAGAUUAUUUGGAUUAAAAUAAAAAAUCCCAGGGUCCCAGGAAGUAGUGUUGGCUACAAGGGGCACCCAGGAUCAGGUGGGUAUAUCUCCUCAGCCCUGGUGCCAUCCUCUGUGGGGAAGGGUACAGCUGGAAGAGGAUGAAAAUGGAGCCAUGUGACAUGCAUGUCCAGGCCAGGGUCCCUCUGGCCUUAGCUAAGGGGGGCUCACUUUCCUAACCAUGCUGGCUGCAAGUGUUCAGCUCACUUUGGCAUUUCUUUACCUCACCUACUAACCCUUCAGAUGUUUAUGCUCCUCAGAGUUUUGGCCGUCAGCAUCAAAGGUUCUUAACUGGAGGAGUGACUAUUGAUAGGCUUUAGGAAAAUAUGUGAAACUCUGAGAAGGAAUUCAAAAUCUUCAGUGUGAGUGCUUAUUUCUCAGAGAGGAAAAAGCUAUCAUCAUCAUUUUUACAAAUGAGAAAUAUUUGUGAUCACCCCCACAAAGUUUAAGAACUACUGCAAUAUAGACUGUUUUAGAUUAGUUGUUGAUGAUGAGAAACUUAGUUUGUGAGUCUUCCCUCUAUUCUAAAGAGACUGCAACCUCUCCUUAGGACUCUACACUGGAGAUCAAGAUAGUUUUGGGCCUUUCUUAUCAGUAUCUAUUUAAUCUAAAUUUAAUCUAUUAUCUCAAUCUAUUAAAUUUAAUCAAUUAGAUUAAAUUUAGAAACCACUGGCUAUGUCAGAGUAGCCAGUAGAAUCUGACAUAGAAGAUCUAUUUAAUCUAUUAAAUUUAAUCUAUUACCUCCCUUAAAUAUGUUCUGGUAUUCUAUGUUCUCUUCAAACAUUGCCUUGGAAAACACCCAAUUACAUAAAUGAGAAAUCUGUCAGCCAUUCUAAACCGUUUCCCUAACAUCUCCACAUUCGAUGAGUCCUGUAUCUCAUUGAAAUCCUCAAAAUUGCUUUUACUUUUUUCCUCCAAAUUGCCACUAUAACUAACUCCAAUAAAAAUUGAUUCCCCAGUCAGGAAAUUUUGAGGACUUAGAAUGGUAGUUUCCUACCCCUCAAAUAGAAUAGGAUGCAAAGAGGAUCAGCAAGAUCAAGGGCAAGAAAGGAAUUUCAGAAUGUCCAAUCAAAACUGGUCAAGGAAUUUCUGCAUAAUGGCUAAGACUAAACCUAUGAUGAACCCUUGUAACUAAAAUGCAGUGAUGCAGUAGCCAGGUGCGGUGGCACACACCUGUAAUUCCAGCAUUCAGGAGGCUGAAGCAGGAGGAUUGCUGGGAGUUCAAGGCCAGCCUACACUACAAAUGGAGAGACCCUGCCCACCAAUAAAUAAAUAAAUAUGUAAGUAAAAUUCAGUGGAACAUUUGAACACCUUUCUUCAAUUCUGUUACUGUAUUUCUUCCACUUCUGUGAAUUUUUUAAGACUAGCAGUUCUGAAAAGUGGUAUUAGUCCUAUUUCUGGGUCAGUAUAACAGGCUCAAAUAAUAGUGCUGAGGUCAUAAAUGGAGCAUUUGAUACUCCAUUGGGACACAGAAAAAAAUCAGUGUAGAUGACAUUAAAACUGUUUAUUUUCCACUUACUCUAAUGCUGGUUUUAACUCUCCUGAAAUAAAGGCAGAUGGAGCGGGUAGCAAUACUAUCUUACAUGAAA